UGUUAUGAAUAUAGACUCAAACAAUUAUAAAUUCCAGUAGUUAUUAGUAUUUAUAGUUUUAAUUAUUGUUGAUUAUUGAACUAGAAUGGAAGGUACAUUGAGCAAAUGGACAAAUGUUGUUAAAGGAUGGCAGUAUCGUUGGUGUGUACUUGAUGAUAUUUCAGGGACACUAUCAUAUUAUACGUCUCGGGAAAAAAUGGUCCGUGGUGUACGCCGGGGCUGUGUACGUUUGAAAGGAGCCAUGAUUGGUAUUGACGAUGAAGACAAUCUUACAUUUACUGUAACUGUAGAUGGCAAAACAUUCCAUUUUCAAGCAAGGACUCGUGCUGACCGCGAGUUUUGGAUACGUGCUUUAGAAGAUACCAUACAAAAACAGUUGUAUGGAUAUAGAGUUAAUCAAAUACAGGUUACUAAUGAUGCAGUCGUGCCUACUCUGGAAAGUUUUGAUAAGAAAUUGGGAGAAGCAGAUGCUUAUUUACAGCUUCUUAUUGAACAAACCAAGAAUUUAGGAGUAAAAAUGAAUGCAUUAUGUGAAGAAGAUAAAGCACACUGUGAAUGUAUAAUUUCAGAAACAAAUAAACUAAUGGACCAAGUAAAGCAUUCAAUUGUAAUGUUACAAAUAGCUAAGAAUACUGCAUUCCCUGUUAAUGGAUCAUAUAGAACUACGUCUGUAUCCACAGAUUAUGAUUUUCCUAGUUUAGAAGGAGACACAGGUAGUAUAGAGUAUGGAGCAGAAUGUGAAGAAGUUCCUAGAAGAGACUCUCAGCCUAUGGAUAAUGAUAUUCCAGAUGUUUCGUAUUCUUCGUCUGAAGAUGAUUUUUAUGAUGCUUAUGAAGACGAAGAAGAAUGGUCAAAACCAAGAAAAAUAGAACCUAUACCUGCAAUGCGCCGAAAAUAUAAGAACCGAAUACCUAUUAGUGGAAUUGAUGCAGAUACUGAAAACAGUGGUAAUUUAACUCAAUCAGGAUCUUCAGAUUUAAAUCAAAUAUCGUUAGAUUCUACUGACCGGACCAUUUCAAGUAUGACAAAAAAAAAGGAUAGCCAUAGUAAAGACAAUGUAGUACCUACUUAUCCAGAUGGUUCUAUAAAUUAUGAUGCUAUUUAUGAAGAUCAAGAUGAAUCCGAUGUUACUAUGCAAGGUUCUGUUGUUACCCAUCUUAUAUCUCAGGUAAAAAUAGGUAUGGACUUAACAAAAGUUGCUUUACCAACAUUCAUAUUAGAAAGACGUUCAUUGCUUGAAAUGUAUGCUGAUUAUUUAGCUCAUCCCGAUUUAUUUCUUAAAGCAAAUGACUUAAAAACACCAGAAGAGCGAAUGGUUCAAAUAGUACGUUGGUAUUUAUCUUCAUAUCAUGCUGGUCGAAAUUCUGCUGUUGCAAAGAAACCUUAUAAUCCAAUCCUUGGUGAAAUAUUUCGUUGUCAUUGGGAUGUACCUGGAAUUGCAAUAGAGUCAGAAUCAUCAAAUAACAUCACAUCUCAAAAGAAUGCAGAAAAUGAUGUAUCCAUUGAAGAAGAUAACCCUUUACCUUGGACAGAUUCUGAUCAAUUAAUUUUCCUUGCUGAACAAGUUUCUCAUCAUCCUCCCAUUUCUGCAUUCUAUGCUGAACACAAGAAGAAAAAAGUAUCUUUUUGUGCUAGUGUUUGGACAAAGUCUAAGUUUCUUGGCUUAUCUGUUGCUGUACAUCAUGUGGGACAAGGUAUUGUAAGAUUAUUAAAACAUAAAGAAGAAUAUAUUUCUACAUUCCCAAGUGGUUAUGGCAGGUCAAUUCUUACUGUACCAUGGAUUGAGUUGGGUGGAACUGUAACUAUAAAAUGUCCACAAACAGGUUAUCAUUGUGAUAUAGAAUUUCAUACUAAACCAUUCUAUGGGGGAAAAAAGCAUCGAAUCACAGCUGAAGUUUUUGGACCUAAGACUAAAAAAUCUUUUCUUUCUAUUUCUGGUGAAUGGAAUGGUUCUAUGGAAGCUAAAUGGGCUGAUGGUAAAACUGAAAUGUUUGUUGAUACAAAAGCUAUCAAUGUUAUUAAAAAGAGGGUACGCAAAGUUGCGGAACAAGAUCCUAAUGAAUCUCGAUACAUUUGGAAAGAAGUUACACUAGGACUCAAAGUUGAUAAUGUAGAUCAAGCUAGUCAAGCAAAAGCUGAAAUCGAACAAAAACAAAGAAAUGAAGCUGAAAUUCGAAAAGAACGGAAUGAUGUUUGGACUCCACGGUGGUUUGUUCAAAAAGGAGAUAAUUGGGAGUACAAAUCUCCUCUUGAAAAACGAUUAGGUGUUUCAUUUGAAUCAUUGCCAUCAUGACAACCCUAAAUUAAAGUUUAAAAUAAAUGGAAAACUAAUUAUAAAAAUAUAAACUUAAAUGAUGUAUUACUAUCUAAGUAUUAAAGAUAUGUUUGUUAACAAUUUUAAAGAUAUUUUGGCGCUGUAUCUACAUCUAUAUUUUUGUUCUAAUAUAUUUUUAUUCAGCGACUUAAAAAUAAAACAGGUGAAUAGUCACAUUUUUGUUACAAUCAAAAUAAAAUGAUCGUAGUUCUUUAUGUAAA